CUUUGCACAAGUAGUCUGAUGUCUGAUCGUAGUCUGAUGGUUGAUGUUGAUUUAGUCUUGCUCGCUGGGGUUCCCCCCGGGGAGUCCCCUGGUGGACUCCCUUCAUUAUCUCGUUAUAAAUAACGAAAGGGUGGAGUGCCCCCUCGAGCAGCUCAGGCAGCCCAUACUGUAAAUGGCGCGUGUCUUAAUGAAAAGCGAUCUGUUGACAGAAAACAACAAAGACAUUCUAGAGAAGUACGUGUGUCCUAAAUGUGACGGGAUCCUUAGAGACGCCGUUCAGACCAGCUGUGGCCAUUGGCUGUGCAAUUGUUGUGCUGAAGAGAUAUUUGACAAGAAAAAAACAACCCCAUAUUGUCCAAGAACAGAUUGUGAAGAAAAACUCACUACUGAAGAUGGAAGACCAUUCUUUCCUGAUCGCUUCGUUUGUAAAGAGAUCAAUCGUGUCUCUAUAAUGUGUCCUAAUCGUAGAUUUGGAUGUGAAUGGAAUGAUAUAUUUGGCAAAUUAUUGGAACAUCUCAACAGCUGUGUCUAUGAGAAAGAAGAGUGUCCUCAUUGUAAAGAAAGAUUUUCUUUGUCUGAGUACCCGUCACAUGUUAAUCAAUGUCCUUUGAGCAAUACCAUACAUGUAGCAUCUGUGCAACCAAGCAGCUACACAAGUGAACCAGGAUCCCGCUUCAUUCACAGCUCACCUGAGAAAGAUUCUGAGAAUGAAUCUUAUUGCACUCUGUUUGCAAGUGUUGAAGAACCACUCGGACCUUCACAAUACUGCAAUGAAGAACAGGGUCAGAGUCACGGUCGUGACAAUCUCACUAUCACUGAAUUAUCACCAGCUGGAUCACUUAAAGUCACAUUAUGCCCUCAUUGCAAUUCAAAUAUCUUAACAUCAGAGGUUGAUAAUCACAUGUGCAUUGCCACAUCUCCCGUUAAAGAUCAAGGGUGCAAGGAAACAAAGGAGGGAGAAGAACUCACUGCUGAAGAAGGAAGAUCAUUUUUCCCUGAUAAAUUUGUUAGGAAAGAAAUUAGUAGUUUUGUAGUCGCUUGUAUUAAUCAUAAGUUUGGUUGCAGUUGGGAAGGAAAGAUGGGUGAACUUGGUAACCAUCUUGGGAACUGUGAACAUAACAAGACUGAAUGCAAGCACUGCAAUCAAGCAUUCUCUCCAUUAGAGUACCAGUCUCAUGUUGAUCAAUGUCCUAAGAUGACUGUCGCUUGUCCUCUCAAAGAUCAUGGGUGCAAGGAGACAGAGGAGAUGUCAAGAGAAGAAUGCAUUGAGCAUGUUGCAUCAAAAACAGGAACCUAUUCUCACCUUUUGAUGAUCGCUAGCAUCUUAUCUUCAAUAGUACCAUCAAGUUCUACUGAUGCUAAGGAGGGAGAAAGGAGAAGCUACGUUGAGAGUGAUGGAGGCUAUGAAUCGAUGUCUAGUAAAGUUCUUUCUGCUUCACCAAAGGCAAUCAAAAGAUAUGUCAGCACUGAUGGACCAGACCCUAGUGGAAAUGACUUGGGUUUUUCGGAAGAUGAAGUAGCUGGAACAGUAGGAAGAUAUGAAGGAAUUGGAGGAGGAAGAGUUGAUGACAAACUGAUGAGUUUAGUCAUGACAAAGAUAACAGGGGUACAAGCAGAAUUAACAAAGAAGGACAGUCAAAUACACACUCUACAAGAUAAAGUAGCCCAACUGGAGACAACACUCUCUACUAAGAUGUCUGAGAAUGAAGAUAGAGAUUUCCGACUUUCCCUGAUGGAGAAUAGUAAUUUUGAUGGUUCUAUGGUCUGGAAGAUACCUCAGUUCUCUCAGCGUAUGGAUGACGCCAGGACUGGAAAAUACACUUCAAUAUUUUCUCUUCCGUUCUAUAGCAGUCGUUAUGGUUACAAGAUGUGUCUCCGCCUCUACAUCCUGGGGGAUGGUAUAGGAAAGGGCACUCAUAUGUCUUUGUUCUUUGUUGUCAUGAAAGGAGAGUUUGAUAACAUACUCCAGUGGCCAUUCACACACAAAGUUACCUUCACACUAAUCAAUCAGUGUGGUGCUCGUGAUGUUGUUGAUGUCUUCCAACCUGAUCCAUUGAGCUCUUCAUUCCAGAAGCCAAAAUCAGAUAUGAAUGUUGCCAGUGGAUUUCCUCGCUUUGUGUCCAUAAAGGAACUAAUGCAAGAUGGAUUCAUUGAAGAUGAUGCCAUAUUCAUAAAAGCUGAAGUGGAUACUGUCUCUAGUAUCAAAUAUAACACUAUAUAACUCUCGUGCAGGAACAUGAAAGUUUGGUGAUUGUAAACUUGUAUUAUGUUUUGUAAUGUAAUUU